AUGGCUUUUCUUGUGUUUGUUCUUUUCUCCCUCUUGGGUCUCUCUUCUGGUUCAUCGAUCUCAAGUGAUCGUUCCAUAUUGGACCUUGACCUAGCCAAGUACACCACACAGGAACAGGUGUGCCUAUUCCAACUAUGGAAGAAGGAGCAUGGACGGCUCUAUAGGAACAACGAAGAAGAGGCAAGAAGACUCGAGAUUUUCAAGAAUAACUUGAACUAUAUCAGGGACAUGAAUGCAAACAGAAAAUCACCCCAUUCCCAUCGUUUGGGGUUGAACAAGUUUACUGACAUUAGUCCUGAAGAGUUCAGCGAAAAGUACUUGCAAGAUCCGAAGGAUGUGUCACAGUCCAUCAACAUGGUCAACAAGAAAAUGAAGGAGGAACAACAUUCUUGUGACCACGCACCUGAAUCCUGGGAUUGGAGCAAAAAAGGUGUCAUCACAGAAGUAAAGUACCAAGGGCAGUGUGGAAGUGGUUGAGCAUUUUCUGCCAGGGGAGCCAUAGAAGCAAUACAUGCAAUAACAACAAGAAACCUUGUUAGCCUUUCCGAGCAAGAACUCGUAGAUUGUGUCGAUGCAAGUAAAGGUUGUUACAACGGAUGGAACUUUCAGUCAUUCCAAUGGGUAAAAGAUAAUGGUGGGAUUGCCACUGAAGAUGAUUAUCCUUACACAGCCAAAGAAGGUACCUGCAAAGCCAAUAAGAUACAAGAACCGGUUACGAUUGACGGGUUUGAAACUCUAAUACUGACAAAUGAUAGUACAGAAUCAGAGACAGAGAAAGCAUUGUUGUGUUCCACCCUUGAGCAACCAACUAGUGUGUCCAUUGAUUCAAAAGAUUUUUAUUUCUACAGUGAUGCCAAGGUGAAGACGAGCCAUCUAGAAUUAAUAAUCGAGACAGGUCAGUCUGUGUCAAAGGUUGAGAUGGUCCAUUUCGAGUCAUGGACGGCUCGGGUUGAUGAUCGAGACAGGCUAGUCCUUGCCGAUUGUUGA